AUGAUACAGCCGUUUCCUCCUAUGAUCGACGGUGGGGCGAGCGAUGCCAGUAGACAUGCAGUCUGCCGCGCUUGUGGUGAAAUAUCCGAAUUCAUCCAGCUUCGUGAGAUCCAGAUCAUGAAUAGGCCACGUACAAAAGUCACCGUCAUGCCUCUGCUUAACAAGGGCAACGGCGGCGAAUUGUUCUGCAUUCUGCUCCCGCAGCGCAACGAUCGAUCUCUCCAACGCCUUGAGCUCUUCAGGCCUUAUGAGCUCACAGAUGGGGAGAUAACUUUCAGCAGCAACUUCGAGGUUCUGUCACCAAGGAACAGAAGCUGGGUGCAUACCGAGGAAGAAGCGGCCGAAGCUUUGGGCAUACCUCCUAACCCGACACCAUCACCAUCGCUCUCCUGGGAAUCCUCCGAGAGGUCAUUGCCCAUGAGGCCAAUGACGAAGACGCGGUUGAGAUCGGGAAAACAACGAUCGGCCUCGGGCGGGUUUGUUGACCGUGCUACACGUGCUCGAGACAGCCCCCAGGAGGAUCUACAAGAUAGUCCUAACGUCGGAUCGUCGCAAAAGCGCAAAAAGCCACAAACUUACGACUCAGAGGACGUAGACACGCCACGACAGAGACGAAAGACAUUAAGAGCUCCCGUUUCAUGCAUGCAGGCUCCUACGCCAGUGUCGCGGGAAGUCUCACAUGCCGCACCAGAGAUCAUCAGCAACGAGAGUUCCAUCAUCCUGCCCGGCCUCAAUGAGGAGUACGCUAAGCGGAUCCUCCUCGUCUGGGUCGUUGUGGUAGACGACAUCGAAUACGACUUCAGCCACACAAUCUAUAACUGUCCCACCUUCUCCGACUUCCUUACCUUGGUCCGCACAGAGGCUGCAUAUGACCCUCAGGUGACCGAAAAGGUUGACAGCUCGCUCACGUGGCGACUAACGUACCAGAUAUCUAGUCAGACCAAGAAGGCCUUCACUCUACGUAUUGAUGACAGCGGCCAGGACACGGUCUAUGAGCGGCUGUUAAGUUCUCUUGCGCAGUCGACAUUCUGGCAAGAGAACAGUAACGGGAAGAUCAACGUCGACCUACGGAUUCUAGCCUAG